AUGCUCGUUGGCAACAUUAGUUUCGCCGCAGGGUUACAAAAGUGCUUCGUUUCGCGUCGUGUUUCCUCCCCGCAUCUCAAUAUUGGCGUUCUCAUUCAUCGAAUCAUUUCUCUUUUCUUUUUUUCUUUUUACCGCACUUUAGCUUUUCCCUCGCUUACUUAUGUGAAUUAUCUUUACCAUUUUCUUUUUAAAUAUGCCUUCACUUGGCUCUUUCUUAUCGCUGUUUUCUCUUCCAUAAAACUUCUUUCUUUCAUUUUGCAUUUAGUUUUCACUUUACUUCUCCCUUUAUUCUCUUUAUUGCUGCAUCCUCUCUUUUUCUCUCUGUUUUUCUCGCCCUCUCCCUUUUUCUUUAUGCGCACUUUGGCUUUUUUUCCUUUCUUCUCAAUUUCUUUUUGUUUUCAUCCUUAUUUACUAUUUUUAUUUCCAUUAUGUGUAUUCCAUUCUUUUGCGCUUUCCCCAUUCCUCUUUCUCUCUCUCUCUCUCUCUCUCUCUCGUUUUCUUUCAUUCAUAAAAUCUCUCUGUAUUUCUCUUUCCUUCAUUCAACAAAUCUGUCUGUCUGUCUCUAUCUAUCUAUCUAUCUAUCUGAAAAUCCGAAGCUUAUUUUUUCUUUCGCUUUUCUUGAAUUUUUAUAACAUUUUCCAUCAUUCAUAG